AUGGCUCAUCAAAUCCACAAAUACCAGGAAAAUUAUCGCAAAUGGGUCGUGGGCUUGUUCUCCAAGGUGAUGACCGAGCACCUUCCCGCAACCUUCCACCACAUCCUAAAGCUGCCCCGAACACUUGUGCACUUGCUUGCGGGGGCCCUUGCCCUAUUCCUGGUCUCUGGCUCCUGGGUCCUGACCUUCGUGGCCAGCCUUGCCCUCCUUGCUGCCCUGAGGUUUCCUGCCAAAUACCACUGGAUCCAGUUUGAGGUCAUGUCUUUCACAGACAUGUCUGACAUCACCAAAUCCUACUUCAGUGAGAGUGGCUCCUGCUUCUGGGUGGUUGAGUCUGGGGGGCAGGUGGUGGGCAUGGUGGGAGUGCUGCCCAUUCAGAAGGCCACCCUGUGGAAUGAGCAGUUGCAGCUGCUUCACCUACGUGUGGCCCUGGAGCACCGCGGUCAGGGGAUAAGUAAAGCCCUGGUCAGGACUGUCGAGUCUGCGUGGCACCAGGGCUACAGCAAAGUGGUCCUCAGCACCAGCGCACUGCAGUACUCUGCCCUGGCCCUUUACCAGCGCCUCGGCUUCUGGAAGAUGGGCUAGUUUUUCUUCUCCACAAGCUAUAGGCUAGUUGCUGUCCCUGCAAUUCAAUUUAUCUGCCGUCUCCCCUCUGCUCAGGUCUCUCAGGCACUGGAGCAAGGAGGGGGCCCUAUGAUCUGUGUCGUUGUGGAUUAG